AUGUUUAAUCCAAAUAAAGCACAUUCCUUUCAUUUACCUCUCUCUCUCUCUCUCUCUCUCUCUCUCUCUCUCUCUCUCUCUCUCUCUCUCUCCUGUUCACAUCUAUCUAUCUAUCUAUCUAUCUAUCUAUCUAUCUAUGCAAUUCUGUUUCUAUCUAUCUCAACUUUUCCGUAUCUAUUUAUCUAUCUCACUGUUCAUAUCUAUCUCAGCCUUUCCGUGUCUCUCUAUCUCGCUAGCUAUCCCAUUCUGUUUAUAUCUAUCUUAUUCUGUUCCUAUCUAUCUAUCUAUCUUAUUCUGUUCAUAUCAAUCUAUCUAUUUCACUGUUCUCUCUAUCUAUGUCAGUCUCUUUCUAUCUAUCUAUCUAUCUAUCUAUCUAUCUAUCUAUCUAUCUAUCUAUCUAAGCCUGUUCAUCUCUAUCUAUCUAUCUAUCUAUCUACCUAUCUAUCUAUCAAAGCCUGUUCAUAUCUAUCUAUCUAUCUAUCUAUCUAUCUAUCUAUCUAUCUAUCUAUCUAUCUAUCUAUCUAUGUUAGUCUCUACUCUCUUCCUGGCUGUCUGUCUAUCUAUUUAUCUAUCUAUCUAUCUAUCUAUCUAUCUAUCUAUCUAUCUAUCUAUCUAUCAUUCAAUUUAUCUAUCUAUCUAUCUAUCUAUCUAUCUAUCUAUCUAUCUAUCUAUGUCUGCCUAUCUCUCUUUCUUUAUCUUUUUUCAAGAUUCUCACACCGACCACGGCUGUCCUUUCCACCAUCUUUAAAGAAAGCGGUUUCGAAAGAGUUCUAUCUAUCUAUCUAUCUAUCUAUCUAUCUAUCUAUCUAUCUAUCUAUCUAUCUAUCUAUCUAUCACUCACUCAGUUUGUCUAUCUGUCUCUCUGUCUGUCCGUCUGUCUGUCUGAGUUUGUUUAUAUCUAUGUAUGACAACCUGUUUCUGCCUUUUAAUUUAAAUAAGAAAAUAUUGUACUUAGAUUUCUUUUUAGAAAGAAAGCGGUUUCGAAAGAGUUCUAUCUAUCUAUCUAUCUAUCUAUCUAUCUAUCUAUCUAUCUGUCUGUCUGUCUGUCUGUCUGUCUGUUUAUAUCUAUUUCUAUCUAUCUAUCUAUCUAUCUAUCUAUCUAUCUAUCUAUCUAUCUAUCUAUCUCAGUCGUUUCAAAUCUAUCACAAUCUAAUUUUUAAUCUAUAUAUCUAUGUAUCUAUAUCUAUCUAUCUAUCUAUCUAUCUAUCUGAGUCUGUUUAUAUCUAUAUAUCUCAAUCAGUUCAUAUCUAUCUAUCGCAAUCUGUUCAUAUUUCUCUUUUCUUUCCCUGUUUCUUUUAG